GAGUGAGACUUGCAUGUGUGGUUAAGAAGCCCCAAGUUGAGAGGAGAUAAGGUUAGAGUGAAGCCCGUUAUAGGCUCAAGCGGUUAGCCUCCAUCAAAGCAAACGAAAAAGAGAGAAAGAAAUGGCAUCAGCUUCCGCAACUCUCCUCAAGUCUUCUCCUAUCCUGGACAAGUCUGAGUGGGUUAAGGGCCAAAACCUCCGCCAGCCUGCAGUUUCUGUUGUCAGAUGCCACCCCACCGCCCCAUCAGCCCUCACCGUCCGUGCCAGUUCCUACGCUGAUGAGCUUAUUAAGACCGCGAAAACCAUUGCAUCCCCAGGCCGUGGUAUUUUGGCCAUGGACGAAUCAAAUGCUACAUGUGGGAAGAGACUUGCCUCAAUCGGUCUAGAGAACACUGAGGCUAACCGCCAAGCAUACCGUACCCUUCUGGUGUCAGCCCCUGGCCUCGGCGAGUACAUCUCUGGAGCUAUCCUUUUCGAGGAGACUCUCUACCAAUCUACCACCGAUGGAAAAAAGAUGGUUGAUGUUCUUGUUGAGCAAAACAUUGUCCCUGGUAUCAAAGUUGACAAGGGUUUGGUACCCCUCCCUGGUUCCAACAACGAGUCCUGGUGCCAGGGCCUUGACGGUCUUUCCUCCCGCACAGCUGCCUACUACCAGCAGGGUGCUCGUUUCGCCAAAUGGCGUACGGUUGUGAGCAUUCCCAACGGCCCAUCUGCCUUGGCAGUUAAAGAAGCAGCUUGGGGUCUUGCCCGCUAUGCCGCCAUUUCUCAAGACAGCGGAUUGGUCCCAAUUGUGGAGCCAGAAAUCUUGCUUGAUGGUGAGCAUGGAAUCGACAGGACUUUCGAAGUAGCCAAGAAGGUUUGGGCUGAGGUUUUCUUCUACCUUGCCGAGAACAAUGUCAUGUUUGAGGGUAUCCUCCUCAAGCCCAGCAUGGUCACUCCUGGAGCAGAAUGCAAGGACAAGGCCACCCCUCAGCAAGUUGCUGACUACACCCUCAAGCUCCUCCACAGGAGAAUCCCCCCAGCUGUCCCCGGAAUCAUGUUCUUGUCUGGUGGGCAAUCUGAGGUUGAAGCCACCCUCAACUUGAACGCAAUGAACCAGUCUCCCAACCCGUGGCACGUCUCAUUCUCUUAUGCCAGAGCUCUCCAGAACACUUGCUUGAAGACAUGGGGAGGCAGACCCGAGAAUGUUAAGGCCGCUCAGGAGGUACUUCUUGUCCGUGCCAAGGCCAACUCACUUGCUCAGCUUGGCAAAUACACCGGUGAGGGAGAAUCAGAGGAGGCCAAGAAAGGAAUGUUUGUCAAGGGCUACGUCUACUAAGCUGCAGAAGAGAUAAUAAACGCUUGAAGAUGAAGGAGAUAACCGGGAUCUAGCUAGUUUCUCUCACAUGUGUUAAUGGUUUUAUAGCCCUGGAGACUAUUUUUGUUCUUGAUUACAUGUACUUUUAGCCACUUAAUAAACUUCUUGGAGACUAUUAUGUAUGCAUCAUCACAUACUAAAAUGCUAGAAUGUGCAUUUUGAGCUCCA